GCCAAGGAGAUAGUCAAAAACGCCUUGGAACAAUGGCGCCAAGCACAACCAGAAUUGCGACAGUCUGUGGCGGAGAAAUACGACCUUGAAAGGCUGCCCAGAGGGCAGAACCUCGACAAAUCCUUGCAGGCAUUUUACGUUGCGGAUCUGCUGCGCAGCGGAUAUGGCGCCUGGCCAAACCACAAAGAACGACUGGCUGCCCUGAAGUACUUCAGGAGAUCCAUCUUUGCUGCUCAAGGAGCUGGAAAGGAUAGACGUCUCGCAAGGCCUGGAGCCUUUGAGCUUGGCAACUGUUACUACUUCGGAGAGUGCGGCGGACGCAGCCUAAAUCAGGCUAUUCGAUGGUAUCGAAGGAGCCUGGCAUAUCUUCCCAACGAUGGCUAUGCCAUGACCAUGUUGAUGAUCA